AUGGUUGGCCUCGUCCAGUCCCUCGCGGCCCUCCUCGUGGCCGCCGCCGCGCCAAAUAUCGUCCUCGCCGAGCGCACUUUUUACAACUCCGGCACCCUCAACGGCUGGGACUACGUGCGGCGCGAGCACCAAGGCACCGUCACGCAGGUCGACAACGUGUCGUACAAGGGCGGCACGGCCCUCAAGAUGACGCAGACGUACGACGCCAACUACCACGACCGGUACCACUCCGAGGUGGACCACAACUACGGCUACAAGCGCGGCGACACGCUCUUCUACGGCUUCGCGUUCCGCCUGUCCGAGGCGUGGGAGUUCCAGGACCAGUCGUACAACAUCGCCCAGUUCAUCGCCAACCGGCCCGGCGCGGGCUGCGGCGGCGACGACUGGAUGCCCUCGGCCAUGAUCUGGGUCCAGGGCAACCAGCUCACGUCGCGCAUCGUCAGCGGCCACUACCGGCAGCCCGACUGCUCCCGCAAGAUUGACACGCUGCGCAACCUCGCCACUAUCCAGGCCGGCACGUGGCACAGGGUCGUCGUCCAGGCGAAGUGGGCGAGCGACUCGUCUGGCUACUACAAAAUCUGGCUUGAUGGCAACAAGGUCUUUGAGCGCCUCAACGUUCCCACCACCGUUGAUGAUGAUAGCGUCUUCCAGUACCGUGUCGGUCUGUAUGCCAACAGCUGGCACGACGAUGGCUACAUGAAGGGCAGCCAGGGCUUCCGUCAAAUCUGGUAUGAUGAGGUGGCUAUUGGCACCACGUUCAAGGACGUCGAUCCAGACCAGCAGUAG